AUGGCUCUGCAGCAUGGCUCACAGGGUUUAGAGGCUAGGAGCGAUGACCAAAAUCGUCGUGUUCCUAAAAGCUCGUCCAUCGUUGAGCUCAAUUCGGUGAUCGGAGACCAUGGGAGAAUGUACAAUGGAUAUCGCGAGGGAAAUACUUCCUCCCAAAUGACCCUGACGAACAAGACCGUUUGGAUUUCCAGCAGCGGUGUAUGGGAUCUCGAAUUUGCCAGAGAAAACCCCAACUCCAACGUAAUUGGUAUAGACCUUAGCAAAGUACAGCCCGAGCUCGAGUCCGUUCUGAACUGCGACUUCAUUAAGACGGAUGCUGAAGAGACCUGGAUUUUGAACUAUCCUUUCGACUAUGUCCGGCACGCAUUCGACAACGUGAACUCCGGCAGUUGGAUUGAGUAUCAGGACAGUACUGCUUUUCCAUACCGCUUUAAGGGGGACGUCGAAGGGACAGCGUUCAAGAGAUGGUGCGAUUUAUUCGUGCAAAGCGGCGCGGCGCUGGGUCGAGACCUGCUGAUCCCGUUACAUUACAAGCACUGGUUGGUCGAAGCUGGCUUUGUGAAUGUUGUGGAAAGGCAGAUUUCGUGGCCACUCGCACCUUGGCCAGAAAACCGUGCGCGCGUAGGUGCGUACAACUCGUUGAGUUGGCCCUUCGAAGCAACGAGGAGCAUGCUUGUAAAGGGUUCCGGUCUGCAAUCGGAGGGGGUAGAUGAAGUCAUUCAGGAGGCCAAGCAGGAACUGAAGGAUCCAGAAUAA